AUGCUGAUCCUCUUCGUGCUCAUGCUGCUGGCCUCGCCCUUCUGCACAUACAUUUUGUAUCCGCUGGUCUAUUUUAUUCUCAAAUGGAAACGGCCCGUCAGGUGAGUUGGGAGACUGCGAAUCACGUGAAACCGAUUGGGGUUAAUUAUUCUGUUGUUUGGCGACACUCUGUUUCCGUAGAUGAGCAGAAACUAUGAGAUGAUAAGGAAAAAGGAGAGACCGCUCUGUUCGUACUUUGACCGGCAGAAAAUGAAUAUGUGUUUAUAUUGUAGCCUCUUUUUUACUGAAAUCUUAGGCCAGAGUUCAGAAAAGAGCCCCAAUCGUUCGAUGUUGCAGAAAGUUCACAGUUCCAUCGGCUAAAAUUCGAGAUAUCAUAAAUCCGGAUAAAGAGGAAUGUGCGCUGGAGUACGUCAAAGACAAAGAACUGCUCACAAUCAGCGGGUCCGGAGAGGAUGACAGCUUCUACUACAUUCAAAUAAUCACGAACAACGGAAUUCACACGGCGCACUUUCAAUUAUUCGAAAAUGGAAUCCUUUACUCCGGAUCCUUUGACGCCUCUCUUUCCGAUCUCAACACAAUCAGUUGUGGUCCGCUCAUUCUGGAACUGAGAGUUCCAUUCCGUAAAUGGAGGAUCAACUUUCGUGGAUAUCUGAAUGAUAACGAAGGGAACGCGCAUUUUGUGACACUUUCCGGAUGGUGGAGGUGCGUCACGAAUGCCAGAUUCUUCUAUUCGAAUGCUCCGUUGAAGGCGUUCGCAGACGUUUAUGCCGAUAAACCGACAGCUCUGAUUGAGAACUUGAAAACGAUCGAGAAGUAUCGAAGGUCUAACAUUCUGCAUCAGAUGGGAGAAUACCACGCGGAAGUGAAGGUCGGAGAUGGUGAACUUGUGGAACAUCGCUACCGAGGAUUACGUCAUAGGACACCGUUGGAAUUUGAAUCCACGUCGACCCACUUCCACACUUACUUCAGUGUUAGUAAAUAUAUCUUUGAAUUCCUCAUUGAUCUAAUUCCAGGACGGAAACUCACUCUCUCACAAAGUCAGUUCGGUCGAUGAAAAGAAGUCGAUUCAACAUGGAAUCGUGUUCCGUGCGGAUCACUGUGUCCGUCCGAUCAGUCUCGACAACGCGCACUCCCUGGAGACGGAUAACCUGCUGCCAAUCGAGUUCCAAGUCUCUUCCGGAGCCUUCCUUCCGGUUCAGAUUCGAAAAGGACACAAGCUCUCGCAUUUCACUUUCAUCCGAGAGGACAGCAAAAUCGUCGACGUGACUGCUUUCAAAGUGAACUCGGCCGUCUUCACAGGCGUCGCUUUCGUUGUUCGAACCCGGGAAACUGUCAGUGACUCGCCGCCGAAGUCUCUUGACUCGUUCCCCGAAUAUCAUGCAACGACGGCUGAGAAGUUGGCAAAAGUGCUUCCGUUUAGUCAUCGGGCCAGUCAGGAUAAGGCAUUGACCGGAGGAAAGGGAGCAAACCUGGCGAGACUUCAGGCGAUCACUGACGAGGUGAAAUUGACGUAGAAGCAAGGAAGAAACCUUCUGUUUUCAGUUCCGUGUACCCCCUGGACUCGUGGUCACCACUGCCGCUUUCGAUGAACACAUUCGGAUGAACAGAGAGAUCGGCGAGGAGAUCAAGCUGCUGGAGGUCUACGAUAAAAGUAGAGAGUACUACGAGGAAGUCGGAAAGAGGUUAGAAGCACACCUGAUACUCUUCGAAGUAAUUCAAUAUUUUCAGAGUUGAGAAGCUGUUAAUCGAGAGUGAUGUGUCGGAGGAUCUGCUCGUACGAAUCAGUGAAUGGCUUCCGAGUUCCGAGUACUACGCAGUCCGAUCUUCGGCCGUCGGAGAAGACGGAGCCGACCUGUCGUCGGCGGGACAACUGGAAAGCUAUUUGGAUGUGAAGAAGAACGAGAUCAGCGACAAACUCAAGCUCUGCUGGGCUUCCAACUUCAGAACUGAAGUGUUGAAUUAUAGAAAGUUGGUUAAAAAAAGAAAGCGUCUCUAAUAAUGAUUUUGCAGGAAUUACGGUCAGCAUCUGAACCCCUCGAUGGCAGUGGUCAUCCAGGAAAUGAACAGAAACGGGACGGCCGGAGUCAUGUUCACUGCGAAUCCGGUCAAGUUGGACCGAGGCGAGAUUGUGAUUAAUGCUCUGCGCGGAAGCGGAGAACAGAUUGUGAGCGGCGCGGCCACUCCAGAUGAGAUCCACGUCAAUCGCAUGAACCGAUCAGUCACCGUUCAUGUAGGCUUCACGCUGUUUGGAGGGAACCGAUUUUUUUUUCAGAAGACUGCUGAUGAGUGUUGUCUGACAGAUGCUCAAAUUGAGAAGCUCACAAGAGUGGGAGAGUACUUGGAGAGAAUAUUCGGAAAGCCGCAAGACAUUGAAUUCGUUGCCAGAGCGCAGUGGGUUAAUGUGGUGCAAAGCAGAGACAUCACCGGAUUGGACAAGGAGAGUCCGUUCGAAAUGUACACCGAGUACGAUUCUCCGACCGUUCACGACAAAGAGAUUCUGACGAACGCAAACGUCGGAGAGGUACUGCCGGCGCCGCUGAAUGCGAUGGAAGCGUACAAUCUGACGAGCAUGUUCGAUAAAGUUGUUUCGGUGGGUACACGAAUCGAAUCUGUACGUGCACAUUCUCAUUUCAGUGCAUGACAUUUCAAGAGAUCAACGACGUCAUCCCCACCCACACAACCAUCGGCUUUUCCGUUCAACACCGCAAGAUCUUCUUCAAUCUGGGCGAAGUGGUCCUUCGUGUUUGGGAACUCGUCCAAAAGGACCGAAUCACAGACAUUGUCAUCGCAGGCGAGACCCUUUUCAACGAGGAAAUGUUCAAUCAAGCGGCGCAUCAGUAUGGAAAUGCUCCGGCUCUCUUUCCCUUCAAGAGGAUGGGAACUAUGAUCAAAUUGAUCUAUUUCACUUCGAACAGUAUCAAGACAAGAAUCGCCAAGAUAGACGAGGAGGCGAAGAGACUUGUACCAAAUGAGAACAUGUUUUUGGAGACGGUGUUCGAGAGGUACAACGAGUUGGAGAAAUUGUGGUGCGACGCAACCAGAUGCCACGCCGAACUCUCCAUGUUCUCCACCUUCACUUAUGUGCUCUGUGGAAUGCUCAUUCGUGGCAGUGAUCGUAUGUUUAUUAUUUUUGACUCGACAUUACUUGCAUAUAUUCCUUACAGAUGGUCUUCUCUCCGAAGAUGACAUUUCCGACUUUGCUAACGUGUUCUCCAACAAUUCCCGCGGAGACGUCGUCAGUGCAGACGUGCCAAACUCUCUGAAGAAGUUGGCCAAAUCGAUUCGUGGAGAUGGAUUGGACGCCGAAUUCUGCGCUUCUGAAGGCGAAGACGCGCUGAAAGUGAUCCGAAAGGGAAAGAAUAGUGCGGAAGAACUGAAUCGAUUCCUGAAGAUGCACGGACAUCGCGGACCGAAGGAACUGUACUUGGACGCCGCCACGUGGGAAGAAGACACCGAUCUGCUCGUGCACACGAUCAAAAGCAUGCUGGCGUGCCCGGAAAGUGCUCAGAAGACAAUUGAGAAAGAGGACGAUAUUAUUGACAACCUGAAGUGCAAACCGACCGGAAUCAGACGGAGACUUCUCAAAUACUUCAUCGGGCAAACACAUCGAGGAGUGGCGUUCCGGGAGACUGCGAAGAAUCAUUUGGUCUCCACCGUCAACUCUGUCAGAAAGACUUGCCGGAUUUUGGGACGAAAGCUUUAUUUGAAGGUAUAUCACAUUUGGAUGAUAGUCAAAGGCCAACCAUUUCAUUUCAGGGCUACCUUCCUGAUCCGACCCUCUGGAUGCACUUUUCAAUGAAUGAACUCAGAGAGCUGAAUGAGACAAGAAGUGCGAAACUGGUGUCACGGGCUGUCAGAAGACGUCAGAUCUCUCCGAAGUUCGAGGGUCUCCAGUUCCCACUGGUCGCCCACGGAUACAUGAACCCGAUUAGGGUGGAAGUGCAGGAAAUUGACGCAAGUGUCGGACUGUCCCUUCGAGGAACAACUGUCUGUGAGGGCAAGGUCAGGGCGAGAGCAAGAGUGGCGAAAACGCUCGAGGAGGCGAAGGAGACGAAGCCGGGAGAGGUGCUGAUCACAAAGUACACGGACAUUUGCUGGUCGCCGUUCUUCCCAAUCAUCAGUGGAAUCGUCACGGAGAUCGGAGGACUGCUUAGCCACGGAGCGGUCGUCGCGCGCGAGUACGGACUGCCCAGUCUCAUCGCAGUCGGCAAUGCCACGCAUCACUUCAAGACAGGCGAUCUCGUCGAGCUGGACUCGGUAAAGGGAACCAUCAGUCGAUUGGACACUAACAAGGAAUAA